UGUUAUUUGAGGAUUGAUUUCAUUCGAAUGUAAUCGUCAAGAUAAAGUUGUCAUUCUUCAAUCGAAACUUUUACAAGAUUACCGAGGAACAUUGAAAGCAGCCUGUCUGCGUAUUUAUCCUAGUUUGGAUAAGCACCGGUUUUUCCUGUUCACACCGCAGCGGAGCCGGAUCAACCUCCUGAACAACAACAAGCCCACGUUUUGUCCAGUUUGUACAUAACGAUGGAAAACCCCAAACUUAACAAGCAGCAGUGGUCCACUGAAGAGACCAGCUACCUACUGGGAAUCUGGUCUUCCCAAGAGGUACAGAGGAAGCUGGAGGGGAGCACGCGGUCCAAAGCAAUGUUUCAGCAUUUGCAGCGAGAGAUGGCAACCGCUGGUUAUGACCGUACCGUGGAACAGAUUUGCAACAAACUGAAAAAAGUUAAGAAGGAUUAUUGGGACCAAAAGCGAGACCUCGGACGGACUAGUGGCAGCGGUCGUCCGAAAACAAGUCCACAUUAUAACUUGCUAGACUCUGUCCUCGGAGACAGACCGACGAAUGGUUUUGGAUCCACAGUUAACUCGCUCUCUCUCGAGUCGAUUGUGUUGGACGAGACGAAGAAUGCGCGGAGCUCAUCUGAUGCUGUCAAAUCCCACACUACAGAGAGCGGCUGGUCCUCUGCCUUUAAAAGAAGAGUCAGAUCAGUUGCUCAAAAACGGAAGGCGGACAGUGACUCUACAAAAGAGUUUCUCAGUGCUAUGACAGAGUGCCACAGGCAGUGGCUGGAGAUGGAGCAGGAGCAGAGGAGGGAGGAGUGGGAGAGGGAAGCUCAGCUGAGGCGUGAGGAGAUGCAGCAGGAGCUGGCGCUACGUCGAGAGGAAGCAGAAAGAGAGGAGACACUGAGGCGCGAGGAGAUGGAGGCUCGAAGUAAAGACAGUGAGCUGCUGACCUCUUGCCUGAUGCAAAUUGCAAAGAUUAUUUCAAAGGACCCUGCUGCUUUGUAAUGUCAUAUGCCUUUUCUUGUGAAUUAUUGAUUGUUGUUGCCAGGAUAGCAAUGGACCAAUGGUAUUUGACUUAUUAUUAAAAGCUUGUAUUUGUAUUAAAUGAGUCAAUGUACAACCCAACAGCCUAGAACUAUUUUUGUUUAGAGUUUUACCACUGAGAAGUGUGCACGUCAUAUAGCUCAUUGUAUCGUUUUUUGGAUGUGUUGGCAAAAUAUUUCAGUGGAAUUCCAAUGAGUAUAGGUACGUAAGUGAAAUGCAUUUUUUUGUAAGAUUUUAGUUUAUUUUUCUAAACCGUUCCGUAACUUGGAAAAAAGACACCGCAGCAUACUGUAAGAAAAGGCACUCAGCUAAAUAUAUGUAUGAAGAUAUUUAUUUGUGGUUUAUACAAUCUCUCUCUGGCACAGGUAUACAAAGUUAACAGUCAAUAACAAGUUGUCUUUAAUUGAUGAAAUAAAGACAUAUCCAACAA